AUGGAUCGCUUUCGGUGGUGUUUAACUGCUGCUGAAAGUGGCCUCGCCGACGGUGAAUCUUCAGUUGCAAGCCAAAUCGGUGUCACCCUCUACAAUGGACCCGGCCGCACAAAUUUUGAGAAGGGUAGCCUUACUCUCACCUCUCAUCGGUUGAUUUGGCAGCAAGGCAACGCUACAAUGUCGAUCCCCUUGGCUGCGGUGACCAAUGUCACUUUACAACAUGCUUUAGGUUCAGGUGUUGCAACACCGAAAAUCGUGCUCAAUCUGCUUUCACCUGCUCAACUCCUAAAUGCCGUUAAGGCGAUGCCUACAAGGCCUCCCUGGUCGGCAGGCUGGAUUGUUGAUAGUGGCGCAUCCCGUGUUGCUAUGGCAGCUGGAUUGGAUUACAUUCGCCUCGGGUUUACGCAGGGCGGGCAUAAUGCUAUGUAUACUGCCUUAAAUGAAACACUUGCAGCAAAAGUGUGGACGGUGUCGACGACACCAGGAUCAGGACACGUCGGUAUUGCAGGCAUUGAACGUUCUAUGCUAGCACAAACGGUUUCAACAGAUCGUAGCAUAGCUACUGCUUUUACGGACCUCUCUAAGCUUAUGGAGAAUGCGAAGGAGAUGGUUGCCCUAUCGAAAAAUUUGUCUCAACGAAUCCAAGCUGCGAAAGUUAGCGGUGCGAAGGUAGCCGAAAAUGACAUGACAGAGCUGCGAAUGGCUAUGCUGAGCAUGGGUCUGGAGGGUGUCAAUGAGGCGGAUAACGAGGAUGUCGCAGAUGUCUCAUCUCAUUCUUCAUCGUUCCAUCGGCAACUAGCGUCUCAGGUAUGUCGUCUGCUUCAACCUCUGCUGGAGCAGCGCACAGCAGGUGUUUGUGGCGGCUGUAUUGACCUCACCACCGCCUACUGUCGCAUCAAUCGCGCCCGAGGUGUCCAGUUGAUCGCUCCCAAUGACCUCCUUGAGGCUGCGCGACUGAUGCCCAUGCUGAAAUUGCCUUUGCGGCUCAAAACUUUCCCCUCGGGCCUCAAAGUUCUGCAACUCGCGAGUGAGUCGGAAGAGGCCACCUUGAAAGCGACCUGUGAUCUUUUGCCACCUGAUGGUUCAAGAGGUCUGACCGCGGGCGAAUUGGCACGACAAGCAGGGCUGGCGCCUGUGUUAGCAAGGGAGCGACUUCUUCUCUGUGAACAGAGAGGCCUGCUGUGUCGUGACGAUACAGAAUGGGGCAUCGUGUUCUACAGGAACCUCUUCUUGAAUUCGCCAAAGACCUCGUAG